AUGGACGGCAUCACCAACGUCCCCAUUGCGCACCUCAAGAAGGGCGAGGUCAACCUUGGUACUUCCAUCAUGGCCGUCCAGUUCAACGGCGGCGUUGUUAUUGGCGCUGACACGCGUACGACCACGGGCGCGUACAUUGCCAACCGCGUCACCGACAAGCUCACCCACAUCCACGACCGGAUCUACUGCUGCCGUUCCGGCAGUGCAGCAGACACGCAAGCCGUCGCCGACAUUGUGCACCACCACGCGCAGCUCUACACUUCGAUCUAUGGUUCCGCGCCGCCCGUGGCUACCGUCGCCGCGCUCUUUGAGAAGAUGUGCUACGAGAACAAGGACCAGUUGAGCGCCGGUAUUAUUGUGGCCGGAUGGGACGAGGAGAAGGGCGGAAGCGUGUAUAAUAUCCCCCUGGGAGGUGGGAUGUUCCAGCAGCCUUGGGCUAUCGGCGGCUCCGGCUCAACCUACGUCUACGGAUACUGCGACGCAACCUACCGCGAGAAUUGGGGGGAAGAGCAGACGAUCGAGUUUGUCAAGAACACGCUCGCGCUUGCCAUGUCGCGCGACGGGUCCUCGGGAGGCUGCAUCCGCAUGUGCGUCAUCACCAAGGACGCUGCGCGGCGCAUCUUCAUCCCCGGAAACGAGCUCCCCCGCUUCUGGGAGGGCAAGGAGGUCGUCGGCUCUAGCGCGGGCGUGACGGCGCAGGUGCCGGGUGCUGCGGCUGCUGCUCACUUUUUUAAGCAAUACCUCGCACCUCCUUUCCGCCCCUCCCCUAAACAAUCACCACACAACUUGUACAACGCUACCCUUGAUUCCGUGUUGCCCGGCAGAGUCGGCCUUGCAGCCAACCCCCUUGUUACUCUCUUGCUUCGCAGUGGCGAACAAUAG